AUGGUGAAAGACGACCGGGAUAGUCUCCGAAGGCAGAAGGAACUCAACUAUGCAACCUCGCCGCGAAGGGGUUUUCUUGCGGACAUCCCACCGUUAGAGCGACUGCCUGAAUACUUUGCACCUUGGGAAACAUUGGCAGUCGAUCUCCCUUCCCUCAUAGCAAAACGACAAGUGAGAGGGAAAAUAGAUGGACUCCCUGUCCUGGAAACAUCAGGCUUGGUGCACAAGGCCGAAUGGCAAAGAGCAUACUCCCUGUUGGGAUUUUUGACCCAAGCUUACAUUUGGAGCUCCAGCCCUCCCGCUGAGGUUGGCCCUCUGAAUCCCAUACCUGAAUACUUUUGCAUUCCAGCUGAUGAGAAUGACCAGUACCUACCACCCUCGAUAAGUCGUCCCUUUCUCGCCGUGGCUGAACGUCUGAAACUCCCGCCUAUCGCCACCUACUCCGGCCUGGUCUUGUGGAACUUUACAUUCAAGCUCUCCGGCUGCGAUCCGACCAAUCCCGAGCAUAUCCAAGCCUUGACAACGAUGACCGGCACCAAGGAUGAAGAAUGGUUCUACAUGAUCUCGGUCGCCGUAGAAGCACGAGGGGGGCCUCUCGUGGCAGCUAUCGUUCGCUGUCUGGAAGCCAUGAGCCAAAAUGACGACCUUGGCAUCCUCUCUGCUGUCGAGUCAAUCGCGAACGGUAUCCGAGAUCUGACCAGAUUACUGUCAAGGAUCCACGAACACUGCAGCCCUCGAGUCUUUUAUGACAAAAUCCGCCCCAUGCUCUCGGGGACCAAGGUAUCGUCUUCCGACGUUUUACGUCGAGGCGUGUUUUACGAUGUCGGGGACGGGCACGGUUUGUGGCGAAAGUACAGCGGAGGUAGCAACGCACAAAGUACUCUGAUCCAGUUGUUGGACAUUUUUCUGGGAGUUCCUCAUCUAGGGAGGGACAAGACGCUGACAGAAACGCCGUCCGUUGGAUCGUCUGUCGCACCCGGUGGGUUCCUCGAGGAGAUGCAAUCUUACAUGCCACAGGAGCAUCGCGAGUUCCUCGCCCACAUCGCACAGUCGCGCAGUUUGAGGAGGUACAUUGCGCAGGACUGUACCGACGCGGGCAUUCAUCAGGCGUACAAUGACGUUGUUGAGGCUUUGGUAAGCUUUCGAAGCGUCCACAUUCAAAUUGCGGCUCGGUUUAUUAUCCAGCCAUCCAAAGGUUGCCUUCAUCCCCCGACUGGAGACUUCAGAGGAGCCGACCGAGUACUGACAACUCGAACAUGGUCACCUCCCGACGAGAAUGCUACCAGUUCAGAGCUGCGCGGCACCGGAGGUACAGAAUUUAUGUCGUUUUUGAAAAAGACCCGUGAUGAAACUAGAGACACUGUUAUUGAAUCGGGGGAGCAGGCCUGUGAGCUCGACAGGCUCUCGUUGGCGAGUCACCAUUUCUAA